AUGAUGCUGCUUCUUCAAAUCGGCGUGAUUCUCGCGAUUCUCGCGGCACAUAGUAUUGCGAUUCCGAAUUGCUACGAAUGCGCGCCAGUGCAGUCGAAAAUCGAGGAGGGCUGCGAGUGCGGACGAAUGCAAGUCGGCGCGGCGUGGCCGACGGACGUGAGCGUCGCGUCGCAUCUUCCCAGUGGCAACACGUUCAGCCGGGAUAAUUAUCGCUUUGAUUAUAUUGAGUCGACUUGUCAAGAUUUUUGGAUCGAUUUUGGCAUUCGAUGCAAUCGCUCGUCGGGAAUUUGGCAGAUGCAUCGGAUUCCGGUCAACAAGGUGACGUAUCGCAAAUUUGGCGAUAUUCCCGAAUUCGAGCUUCCCCUACAAUUGACAUAUGUCAUGUGCACCGAUACCGCUCAAUAA